AUGUUUGAUACCACCAAUCCUGGCAAAGAAAUUGCCAUCUUUGGAGUAGAAUUUAUAAUAAAAGGCAUCAAGUUUAUCAAUUUCGCAAAAAAUUUCCCUUCUCUCAGUGUUGUUUUCGAAGAUGGAAAAGAUCAUACUUUAUUACCUUUUACAGACGAAGCUAGUGAAGGAACAAUAUGGAAACUAAAUAAGAAAAAACGAUUUAUAUUUUCUUCCAACGCUUUCAAAGCUGUUAAAUUAUCAAAAAUGACGAUAGAUUUAAAUACUCCUACUGAUCCAUUCCCACCGGCAUCAAUAACAUAUGAUUUAACACCAUUCCUAUGUGAUUCCAUUGCUGUACGAGGUCCUAGUAGUGUUGUUGAAGUUGAUAGUAUAAUGAAAGAUUUAAUGUAUCAAAAAGAUGUCAUUGAAAUAGAAUUUGAUUUAAGAACAAUUUACUUUAGUAAUUGCAUUAAAUUACCUACUGUUUCUGGUAAUGUUGGCCCACUUCCUCGAUUUGAGGUUGAAACAAUGCGUCAAGUUAAUUCUGGAACAUUUGGACUACCAUCGAAGUCAUUAGCUGCGACAGAUUAUGAUAGACGAAAUGCAAGAAAUUCACGUGGUAUUUCACGUGUUAAGACAACAUUUUUCUAG